GAGACUUUACUGUAUACAUAAUAUUCAUAUAUUUUCAAAACACUGAAUGUUUACACUUCAAUUGAAUAAGAAUAAUUAUCAGAAAUAUAUUUGAUUUUCUUGCCAAAUUUAGAAGCGUACUAAGUUUUGAAUUAUAAAAUGAAGAACCGUGCUUAGCUCUGAAUAAGUUGACGUUUACCUCUUUGCAAUUUAAAUAGCGCAUGUCUUUAGAAAAGCUAGAAUGACAUUUUACGUGUAGGUGACAAACGACCAAUCACACAGGUGAGUUCCAUACGCUGUGUUCCCAGGCCUUGUGGUGUGGCCGCGCAACAGACGGCCAAGUUUCCCAACGUUGGCUACCUAUGUUACAGAAAUUACUGCGACAGAAAAUGGGUUCCCCACUGCCACUGAGAUACCUUUGGAUAUAAGCUGUUUACAACAAAACAAAGCCGACACACUAGAUCCAAGAACAGUUCAAUACGACGAAACCUCUUUCAUUUGAGGGAAAUACAGGUAAGAACUAUUUAACCGGUUUCAAUAUACAUGUAGACCACCAGUCGAAUGUCCAUGGCAUGGAAGACAGGCAAGGAUGGCAUAAGUACACAUAUAUAGGACUGCCUGCUUUAUCUAUACCUGCAGUUCUAGUUCACAAUCAGUCUACGAUAUGUAACUCACAUUAUCAGUCAUGGGACGGUUUAAGACUCCGUUAUCGGCUUGGUGCGCCUAAUACAGGUAAACAUUGUAUCUCCCCUUCGUUUUACAACCACCAUAAUGACAAUUUUGAGUUGUCCAGCAAAACUGAGAUACGGUACUUCAACUUACGAUAUCGCCAUAAUAUUUAGUGGCCAUAUUAUGCAAAUGAAUUUACCCAGACAGGUCAAAGGUCGAAUGGUAAAUUAUUCAUAAAUCUGAACAUAACCUUAUCCCAGUACGUCUUUUUUCUCGAAGAGCUUUCGCCGUAUCUUUGCUAUCUGUGUGUGCUGUGAAGGUAAGGUCUAGGGUAGAACGUUUGCCAGUUCCGUUGUUAUCACUGAUAAUAAUAUUUGGUGAGUCUUUAUCAGGGCUGGGGGCAUGGUAAUGAACAUUCUCCAGAGUGCUUGUGACCGACUCUGAUUUAUCGCAGUUUACAACCAACAUGUCAAUAUGUCGUCCAGUCACCGACUGUACUGGGCUAUCGGGAAGGUUUGCUCCGGUCCUCAAACUGCAUAUACGCUAUCGGUGAUAAAACUUUAUCGUUCUGGCUUUAAGUUGUCUCUCUGGCACUUGGUGAACACAAUCCCACCAGGUCUUGACAUGAUCGCAUUUGAUUUGUUUUCAAUGUUCAUCAAAUUAUCUGGAGGAACUCUUAGUUUUUAAAGUCUGUGAUGAUUCUACAGACGUUUUUAAAACUUUGGAUUGGAUUAACUUGUCUUGGCGGGAUACAUCGUAAAAGACUUUUUGGCUCAAGAGUUGAUCGCAAAGAAACUUUUUUUUUCAUUUCACAUUUUGAAAAGAUACUUUCAGUUUCAAUUUUAUGGAGCCAUUACUACAACGUUUCCAUAAUUUAUUUUUCCUUAAAUUGUAAUGUAUAAAACCAAAACGACACAACUGAUGUUAUUAUGAUAUUUAUCUUGAGUUGCGCUCAACUGAGAAAUUCUUCCAAACAUUUGCAAAGUUCGUGUUCAUACGCCAGGUGUAACCUUUCGGAAAGUUUGGUUACACAUUUCGGGAGGUGUUUUGACGCAGUAAAGCUUUGUUCAUUGUGUGAGCCGUGACACUGUAGUCCCUAACCUACCGUCCUCUCAGCAUUAUGCAUUGGCUCAGGUACUGCGGCCACACAGGUGCGAGAGCGUCCAGACUGUGUGUGUACUUACACGAGACUGUUCUGUCGCAGUCAGCUCGGCGGACGUCCAAAGAUCAUCGAGACUUGGGUACACCCUAUACUACGCCAGUACUCUCAGCUAAAUACAAACAUCUCGACCAGCCAUGGCACAGAUUAGGGCUCGCGAGAGCUGGCCAGGAACCUCGCCACCCGAGAUCACACGUAGCCCGGCCAAUCCGCCGGUUUACGACGAGGAGGAAGAAGAGGAAGAGGAGGUGAUUCAAGAGGAAAAUCACGUACCAAUUCCAGAGGAAAAUGUGGAGGUAGAUGAUACUGUUGAUGAGGUAUUAGAGGAGGUUGUUGAGGAGGAAGUGGGUGGUGAGUGUGAGCUUCAGGACGAAACAGUGUAUGAGUAUCAGGGUACAGGGUCCAACGGUCUAGAUGAGUCGAGCUCUGUGUGUGCUGAUACGUGUGUCCGGGUAGACGACUGUGUACCUGAACAGCACCAUCACCAUACGGACACGGUGGUUCUUUCAUACCACACACAGACGCCAGAGUCUGCUGCUGAGACAGCUCAGGCUGUGGAAAGUAUCAGUCAUAUCGAGGCUGUAGGAACACCGGAAGUCUCCAGGUCGCCGCCACCUUUACAAACUGUACAGAUAGUGAAAUACCCUCAUAACGGAAGUUUACACCGCGUUGGGGAGGACAACGAUCUAGGACACGCACACUUAACAAAUAUUUCAUCAACGGGACAUGUUUCGUUUGCUGGAUUAAACUUGACAAACGCCCCAGUUGGUCUAGUCAAUAUAUCCGGUUCCUCAAACCUGCAUUCACCUUUUGACAACACCAACAACGUUUUACUCCCACAGGAAGACGUUGAAGAGUUCUUUCAUAAUAUGGAGCGACCAAUGGCCACUUCCGUUUCUUUGUCCAAUUCGCAAUACACGACAGGUGGAAAUGGACAUUUGACUACAUUAACGAAUGCGCCUAUGUCGUCACAAACAGUGUACCAAGGGUUAUUAGGUUCAUCUGGAAGUGUGGUGACUUUGCCCCAUCCAUCUCCUUACUCCGAAAUUCAUCAUCCUUCUUAUCAUUCACCACUUUCUUCACUUUAUUUGCCUUCCGGCCGACCGCACGAAUACGGACUACCAUCGUCGGCGUCUCCCCCUCCAUCGUCGACGCCGUCGUCUCAAUGGCAAAUUCCUUCUCAAGAAGCAACAUAUACAAACAUUGGACUUUCCUCGCCUGUAAAGUACUCGUACCCUCUCUCUAACGAUAACGUGUCACCCUCUCACUCCAUUCGUAACGAGGGUUCCCCCGGGCUUCAAUACUCCCGGGGGCAACCCCCAAAUGAGACAUCCUACGGAAGCUAUCUAAGCCAUGAACUCACAGGACAACCAGGCAUACCCCCUUUUAACAUGGUAGAAGAAAACCGAAAUCAAGACGACCCGAACUACUUUGACGGAGAAGGGCGGGAAUGUGUCAACUGCGGAGCGAUCUCGACGCCAUUGUGGCGGAAGGAUGGGACGGGUCAUUAUUUGUGCAAUGCGUGUGGAUUAUAUCAUAAAAUGAAUGGAUUAACUAGACAUCAAAAUAACAAAGCAUCCCCUAGACAGGACUCGCCAGAGGACGAAAAACCAAAGAAAUUUGAAAGUAAAUAUGACAAGGCGAACAACAACAACCGGAACCGGAUGGGGUUGGCUUGUGUGAAUUGUGGGACCACUACUACCACUCUCUGGCGGCGGAACGGAGAAGGAGAACCCGUAUGUAACGCGUGUGGUCUCUACUACAAACUACACCAGGUAAAUCGACCAAUGUCUAUGAAGAAAGAUGGCAUUCAGACACGAAAACGCAAACCGAAAACCAGUUCUAAAAAGUCACCGACUAAUAAGGAAGUAUCACUUCACGUGGAGCACCAGCAACUUCAGCAACAGCAACAACAACAUCAGCAUCAGCAACAACAACAUAAUCAGCAACAGCACUUCCCCCUCCACCAUCACCAGCCUCACGUGUCUGCCCCCUCUUCUGGUCUGCUAAACCUCUCAGCAACAAAGACAGACAACUCCACAGUGACAGAGAUGAAGCCGCUGAUGUCAUCUUACCAUAACCUAUACCAGACACAUGGCUCAGUACUAGCAGCCCUUAGUACCCCUCCUCCCGCCCUCCUCCAGGUCGGCAGCCCGCCCCCUGGUGUUCUUCCCUCCAUUCACCAUUUAAGUCCAGACUACAGUAUCGAACGCGCCUUAGCCAUGAACCAGAACCUCGUUCUGAAGCAAGAACCGCACAUUUUUGAACCAUCACCACCGAAAGCUAUCCCUGUUUCUAUUGGUAUUGAAUCGGAAACGAAUUUGCGGGCAUCGCCUGAGGAAGCGCCACCUGGAGGUGACAUAGUUCAGCUCAAGGCAGCCAUCGUGACACAAAACUAAUCUAUAAUGCCAUUGCGAUUGUGGCGCAUGUGUAUAAAAGUUAAACGGAUGUGGAUGGAAGCAUAUUGGUACUGCAUACUUUCUUUACUCAACAGUAAGAUACUUUGUGGACAUGCUUGCAGAAAAGUUUUCAUGUGAAACACAGUUUAGUGCCGCCAUCAGUUAAUUUAAAGACUUGUACAACCUUACUUUGAGUUUAAUAGAAACCAAUAAAGUGUCAUGUUUGACGUAACAUGGGUUCCGAGUAGCGGGCGAGGGAUGCGCCUUUGUUUUACCUUUUCGUAGUUCAAAGAAGGUCUCUUCAUCCUCCAUUGCUCACUGGUCACUUGAACCAGUAGAUAUUGUUACAUUAUGUUUUUAUUCAGUAUAUUCAGAAUAGUGCCAUUUAAGUAGCGAAAGUUAUAUAAUUACCAAAACCAACAGGAUCACCCCGCGAUUUUUCUCAGUUAUAAAAUCUGGAAUGGAAAACAUAUCUAAAUGUUUAUAGGUAUAUUGUAUAUUUGAGCAGGUAUCCGUGUUACGUCACACACCGAUAUGGGUGUCAUUGCUAGAUGCGCCAUUGUACAGGCGCCAUUGUUUCAAGCGCCUAAAGUAAAAUGCUCAACCCCGCCCCUUUAAAAGAAUAACUGAAUAUUACAAGUAUUUUCCUGUUUUCAAAAUAUUGUGUUAGAUUCACUUUUCUUCGUAGUUUUUUUUUUACGUUAAUGGGGGAAUCGGAAAAAAUAUCAGGGGG